CUUAAAUUAAAAAAUAGAAAACACAGAAAGAAAGGAAAAUGGAUGAGUUUGAGAAAUCACCAGUUUCCUUGGAGGAAGACACUGGAAUGGAUGAGAGCGAUACUGUUGAAAACCCUAAAACCACUCAGAAAUCCAGCAGCGAUUCGGACUCUAGCGAUUCGGAAGACGAUGCAGAUCAGAAAGAGCAGCUCUUAACCCUAGAAUACGAGCUCUCCACCAAUCCUUCCAACUACGAUGCCCAUGUCCAGUACAUAAAGCUUUUGAGGAGAAGUGGUGAAAUAGAGAAGCUACGGGAAGCAAGGGAAAACAUGAAUACGUUGUUUCCACUGAGUCCUGAAAUGUGGAUGGAUUGGGCCAAAGACGAGGCUUCUCUUUCGAAUGAUUCCAAUUGCGAGUCAGUUCAGAAGCUUUACGAAAGAGGCCUCUCUGAGUAUCUGUCUAUCCCCGUUUGGUGUCAGUACCUCAAUUAUGUGCAAGAACAUGAUCCAAAAGUGCGUGAUUGUUCAGCCGAUGGGAUUUCAAAGGCAAGAAAUCUGUUUGAGCGAGCUGUUACAGCUGCUUCUCUGCAUGUUUCUCAAGGCUCUUUAAUAUGGGAUGCAUAUACCCAUUUUGAGCAAGCGAUAUUACUAACUAUUGACCAAUCAGACAUCCAGGCCAAAGAGAAGCAGGUCCAGCGCAUACGGAGUAUAUUCCAUCGUUACUUGUCUAUUCCCCUUGCUAACUUGAAGUCUACUCUUCUAGCCUACAAGGCAUGGGAGGUGCAGCAGGGAAAUUCCCAUGAUACUGAAUCCGACAAUGAUUUAGGGAUUUCUUCCCAUGUUGCUUCAGCUUAUCAGAAGGCAGAGGAGAUGUACAUUGCCCGUGCACAACUUGAAGAACGGAUUACUAGACAGGAUGUAUCUGAGUCUGAAAGAUUUCAAAAUUACAUGAGCUACUUAGAUUUUGAAAAAUCCUUUGGUGAUCCAUCCCGAGUUCAGAUUCUGUACGAGCGUGCCAUAACUGACUUUCCUGUAUCAAGUGAUAUUUGGCAUCAUUAUACUCGCUAUCUUGAUAAAACUUUGAAGGCAGGAAAUGUUGUGAAGGAUGUUUCCUACAGGGCUACGAGAAGCUGUCCCUGGGUUGGAGAACUUUGGGUUCGAUAUUUGCUGUGUUUGGAGCGUGUCCUUGCUUCUGAGAAAGAGAUAUCUGAUGCAUUUGAGAAGUCCCUCAAAUGCACAUUUUCAACCCUUGAGGAGUACCUUGAUUUGUUUCUCACCCGAGUAGAUGGCUUGAGGCGUAGGAUUUCAUCAGCUAGUGGAGAUGAUGUGUUGAACUAUUCAAUGAUUAGGGAUUCUUUUCAGCAAGCAGCAGAUUAUUUAUCACCACACUUGAAGAACACCGAUGGUUUAUUGCGGUUGCAUGCUUAUUGGGCCCAUUUAGAGCUGAAAUUGGGAAAGGAUUUAAAUGCAGCUCGUGGUGUUUGGGAGAGCUUGAUUAAAAGCGGUGGUUCAAUGUUGGAAGCAUGGAAAAGUUAUAUAGCUAUGGAAAUUGAAUUAGAUCAUAUAAAUGAAGCGAGGGCCAUAUAUAAGAGAUGCUACAGCAAAAGAUUUAGUGGAACAGGUUCAGAGGACAUCUGCCAUUCUUGGUUGCGCUUUGAGAGGGAAUUUGGAACAUUGGAAGAUCUCAACCAUGCUGAGAAAAAGGUUACUCCUCGUCUUGAGGAGAUGCAAUUGUCUAGGUUACAGCAGGAAUCUAAAUGUUUCACUGAAGCAACAGAUCAAAGAGAACAGACCCUUAAGAACACGGCUCGUGAGAAGAGGAAAUCAGGUUCAAGUGCAAUUGAUGAUCAGUCUCCAGCAAAGCGGCAAAAACAUACUUCUCAAAAUAAGAAAUUGCACAAGAAGGAGAACACUCAAGGGCUGACCUUAGCUGAAGUGAAGGAUGGGGAAGAGAAAAGAGGCAAGGCUGAGGAACAAGUAAAUGAGAAGCAGAUGAAAGACACUAAUCCUACUAAAUCCAGGUUAUAUACAGAUCAGUGCACUGCAUUUGUAUCAAAUAUGAGCAUUGCGGCUAAAAAUGAAGAUCUACAUCAAUUCUUUAGUAAUGUUGGUGGGGUCACUGCAAUUCGAAUUCUGCUUGACAAGUUCACUGGCAAAUCAAGGGGACUGGCAUAUGUGGAUUUUGAGGAUGAAGAACUUGCUGCAGCUGUAGCGAAGAAUAAGCAAAUGUUGCUUGGAAAGAAGUUGAGUAUUGCACGGUCAAAUCCAAAGCAACGCAAGAGAGAAUCAUUUUCUCGUACUGCACCUGGUGGCGAUGCUAGCAGCCAAGGUGGAAGGCAUGGGAGUUCUGUAUCUAAAGAAUCUGGUGAAAACUCACAGGGAUCUAGAGCACCUCAUGUACCACAAUCCACUGGUCGUAAGCAUGACGAUAACAUCCAACUCAAGGGGAAGAACACAUUUGCGGUGCCAAGAAAUGUUAAAGCACUUGGAUGGACUGCUAACAAACCAGGAACUAGGACAGAGGAAGAUGAGAAGCCAAAAUCAAAUGAUGAGUUCAGAAAAAUGUUUAUGAAAAGCUGAGGUUCAUUCUCCGGUUUCUGUUUAAGGUAUUGCUUAGAAUGCUAUCUCUUGUACAAAUUUUACUAGCAAAUUACCGAUUUUUGCGAUAAAUUAUUUGUGGGCUUUUAUGAACCUAUUUACGGUGAUAUGUCUGGUCGAGGAUGCUAGACCUUCUCAAUGGCGUAUAAAUUGAUAGAAUUA